GUUAGAGUUUUCUGUAGACUGUAGAGUGUGUAUGAUCCUGACGCAAUGUCAAUAGUAAAUCACAAGAAUUUUACACUAAUUAUCGAGUUACAGAAGAAGUUAGUGUUUGCAGUCUGUUAGCAGGAAAUUGGUAAGAAAUAACGGAAAAAUCUCGAUCGCAGCAAGAAAAAUUUAAUAAAAUAGCUGGUUUUUCUUAGAAUAUAUUGUUAUCUAAGAAAGUUACGAGACAUGCUUCUUGGUAAUUUGGGAUUUCACGUCUAUCAGCUAAUUAACAAUUUUCUACUAAUUUCUCUCAUGGCUUGAUGGACUGGAUUAGCAGAAAGAAGCGCAUGGUGCCAUAGGCGGAUCAUACGAAGGUUACGGCAAUACCUAUAUUUGGUCAUAAUUCAUAGAAAUGGCUGAAAAGUUUUAUAUGAUGUAGACAUCGUGCCACACAGCGAAUACCAUAGUGGACAAUUUGCAUGAGCCAGUUGAAAGUAGGGUUAGUGCUAUUUGACCUCCACCGAUUCUUUUCUUGUGGAAUUUCUUGUGGGUUUUUCUUUGCUGAUAUGCUGCAAUCCACCGAUGGAAAGCUCUCCAAAGUCAUCAUAACACAGGUGAUCUCGUACUAUACCCAAGGAUGAUGGUACAAGAUGAACAUGUGUAUUUACAGAGGGCUAUUAUGCAAACAAUAUAAUAAUUGACACGCUCUGAGUUGGUAGAUUACCCACCGUAUUAAGGAGUCCUGGAUGCCAGAAUCUUCAACAUUCACGAGAAAAGAAUACCAGAGGGAUUAGGCCUUUGCAAAUUGGACAGUUUCGGUUCGUCCCACUGCACUGUGCAGGUGCGAAUGUAAGUGGCACUGAAAACACGAACGCGAAGAGCAUCCAGCAUCAACAGUAAAACAGUGAACAGUGUCCCAGUGUCAGUUUGGACGCGACGUGCGUAAGUUCUGUGUUGCAGCUCUUGCACUUCUCCUUCUAUGCCAGAUCGAUCCACCAGCCCACAAACCCACAGCCACAUGACCAUCGCAGACAGGGUUUCAUAAUUGCCACCCUCAUUACUCGCAAGUCCCGACCAAGAUGAAGACCGUCAUCAGUAUCCUAGUAACCGCCAACUGGCUGUACAGCACAUCCCUAGCAGCAGACCUGUCCUACAUAGGGAACAAAACCCAAGUGAGCAUCGCCGGUCCCUCCCCCAGACUCAGCCUGGAUGACGGCACAACCUUUGUCGGUGACUCGAUCAGCGUCAAUGCCGGCUUCCAGGCACAAGAGGUAUCAGAUCCAGUCAAUUCCUUGGCAGAACAACGUAAGUACGAAGGUGGUAGCAACCUGAAUCUGGACACAUUCACAGAACCGUAUACCAUCGACUUCAGGUAUCACAAUUUCGACAGGAUGACCAAAUUCCUAAGGCAAGCUACGGCACGAUAUCCUUCCUUGACGGCGCUUUACUCCAUUGGCAAAUCUGUCCAAGGCAGAGAUCUAUGGGUAUUGGUAGUAUCAGCAUCACCUUACGAACACAUGCUUGGCAAACCAGACGUAAAAUACAUCGGUAAUAUCCACGGAAAUGAAGCAGUAAGCAGGGAAUUGCUACUACAGCUCAUCCACUACUUGGUUACAAACUACGCAACUGACUCUUUCGUUAAAUGGUUGCUAGACAACACCAGAAUACAUAUCAUGCCAUCCAUGAACCCAGACGGUUUUGAGGUUUCUAAAGAAGGAUCUUGUGACGGUACUCAAGGAAGAUAUAACGCACGCGGUUUCGACCUGAACAGAAACUUUCCAGAUUACUUCAAGCAGAAUAACAGGAGAGCUCAACCAGAAACCGAAGCAGUGAAAGAAUGGGUGUCAAAAAUUCAAUUUGUUCUUUCCGGCAGUUUACAUGGAGGAGCUUUGGUUGCAAGUUAUCCCUUUGACAAUACGCCCAAUUCUCUCCAGAGCUACUCAGCGCCAUCUUUGACGCCUGAUGACGACGUUUUCAAGCACUUGGCUUUGACAUACUCGACGAAUCACGUAAAAAUGAGCCGGGGCGUAUCAUGCAAGACAUCACAGACUGCUUUCAGACGGGGUAUUACCAACGGAGCAGAGUGGUAUCCGUUGACAGGUGGAAUGCAAGACUUCAAUUAUGUGUGGUAUGGCUGUAUGGAAGUGACGUUGGAAGUAUCCUGCUGUAAAUACCCACCUGCUCAUGAGCUACCUAAAUAUUGGGAGGAUAAUAAGGCAUCGUUAUUGAAGUACCUGGCUGAAGCUCACAGAGGAGUUCAAGGAUUCGUGGUGGAUGAAAAUGGCAAUCCAAUUGAAAAAGCGUCACUGAAAGUGAAAUCCAGAGAUGUUGGCUUCCAAACGACAAAGUAUGGAGAAUUCUGGAGAAUACUACUUCCUGGAGUAUACAAAUUAGAGGUAUAUGCAGAUGGUUAUGUGCCCCGUGAAGUAGAAUUCAUGGUCGUUGAGCAGCACCCUACGUUAUUAAACGUAACAUUGCAUACAGCAAAGCCAUGGCAAUAUUUUGACCCCCCUGUGACCUCCCCACCAAAGACAAUUCUAUCUGUAGAUAACACGAACCUACCGGUAGCUCAAGAUGAUCAAAUACAAUUUCCAGAGUAACAUGAGAUAGGGAAAAACGAAAAGAUGGUCACUAUUACCGACCCGCACCUCAACAAGUCUUCCAUCGGCCAGUACCGCAAUAUCAAGCGCAAGAAAGCAGCAUAUUCUCUUCAAUCACCAGUGGGUUAUCAAAUAUAGUCAACUACUUCGGAUGAAAAAGUAUAUCGACUAGACAUAAACCAAGUUCAAAGACUGUAUUUGUGUAAUUUUUAUAAAAACUUGAAGGUAAUGCUUGUGAAGUGAUGUAGUUAACUGCCUCCCAUCAGACACCACAGAUAAGGAAAAAAUAUUUUGUUUCAACCGAUGUUGAGUGUCUAUUUGUCAUGCAAAGUAAAGAACGUAUGUGUAAUACUUCAUGAAAAGAGAUGUGAAAAUUAUAUCAUAAAAUGAGGAAACAUACAUACAAUCACUUUUAGAUCAACCAGUUAUUAGUAUUUCUCUAAGCAUGUGAUAAAUGAUAUCAAAUAACAUUUCAAGCAAUUAAAUAAGAAUCAUAAUUAUCGUAAUCAUGCAACUUAUUUUGAGAUCGAGAAGCCAAAAAUGGUAAUGUUUUUAGACGUUUUCAUUUUAUGUUCUAUUUUUUGAAAUUUUUUCUAGAUUAAUGUUUUAGAAUCUGUGCGGAUCCACGUUCUAAAAAACCUAUCAGAUAUAAUUACAAGUUGUGGUCACAUAUGUCCGUGAAUCUGUAAACACAGCCACCUUGCCCAUGUCCUAGUUAUAGUAUUAUUUAUUUAAAUGUUAUUUAAAUACACAAUGACACUUAAUUUUUUCAUUUGGAUGUGAAAGCACAGGUCCAUACCUCUUCACGUAUAAAAUUCCUCAAUGCAUGAAUAUGAAACACUACCAUAAACAUGAAUUUAGUAUCAAUGUUAUAGUUAAAACUCGUUCUUAGUAACAACGCGUUUUCAUUAGUUUUUACUAAAUGCCUUUCUUACAGCUAAUAUUAACCGCUGCUUAAAAAUAAAUAUUAGUGGAAACUAUUUCUAACCAGAGAAAAAGCGUUUUGUCAAAUUAAUUCCGUUAAAACUGUUUCAGCCGAGGUAAACAAAGUCUUUGUUGCUUUUAUUAAGCUGUUUUUGAUGUUUCUUUGAUUACUUUAAUUACUUAAAAUUAAUAUUGUCGCUAUAGUAUUAAUAAUAAUAAUGUUUGUUGUUGUAUUUUGAUAUUCAUUAAUAUUCCUAAUGAAUAAUAUUUAAGAAUUACUAAUUCAUAUUUUAAUAAACAAUACCAAUAUUUCCAAUCCCAAGAAGUUUCUCAAAUAAUAGUUUUAAGAUUUAAUUUUUUUUCUAAAAUUCAACUACAUAUAAGCAUCAAAUUCUAGUUAUAAGUAGGAAAUUCAAGUUAUUGUUAAAAGACUGGUUUUAAAUAGAGAAAAUACAUUGUAAAAACGGGUUUUCACUGUAUCAUUGACAAUAAGACCACCUUUCGCUACAAGAUGUCGAAAAAACAUGAGAUUUUGUAAUCUCCAAGCAAAAAUGAAAUAACCUGAUAAUAAAAAUGGUUUGAAUAAAAUGUUCGUUGAAUAAUUCAGCUGGAUCUAAGUUAUUUAGCAAGGUUUGCAUGCAGUAAGAAAACUUAUCAAAAAGAAUAUUUAUGUAUAGUUGAUAGAAUAUAGCAAUAAUAGUUUACACAGAUUGUUAUUAAUGUGUGUUAAUAAAAAAU